AUGACUCAGGAAUGCGACAAUGCGCGAUCGAAGCGUGUACUUCUUUUGCUUUACCUGACGGCCUUUCUCUUUUUCCUAGGAGAAAACAUCCAACAAGCCCCACGAACCCAAAUCUAUGAGACCAUUAUCUGCCAACAUACGCUGCCAUGGAACUCGACCGACACGCCAGCAAGGGAAAGGUGCAAAAGCAAAGCGGUCCAAGAAGAAUUGGCCUUCCUCAAGGGCACGGAGAGGCUAUUGGGGGCAUUGCCGACCAUUCUUGUUAUUCCGUGGAGUAUUUUUGCUGAACGCCACGGCCGCUGCCUUUCCUUGAAACUGGCCUUAGUUGGCGUCCUGUGCGAGGAGACAUGGAGCUGUUUCAUCUGCUGGAUCUCAGAUUCGGUCCCGAUCCGCCUCAUCCUACUUGCGCCCUUAUUCGAAGUGAUUGGCGGUGGACCUGGCAUCAUCGCCACUGUUAUACAUUUAUUGGCCGCAGAGGUGACCACGCCUGAAACGCGGACAUCAACCUUUUUUGUUAUCCGCGCCAUGGCAAUCGCAGCAGCCAUCCUGGCCCAGCUCGUGAGCUCGUUCCUUAUGACCCGUAAUGUAUGGGCACCGUGGCUUUUAGGAUUACUCUGCAUUCUUCUCUCGGUAUUUACCGUCCCGCUUGCGCCAAAAUCCUCCAUUGAGAGUUCUCCGAAUGAGAACACCGUGCUGGACCCGGGCCAACAGAAUGCGCGUGGUAUGGGCACCUUGAACCAAGAGGGGUCGCUUGGCAACAAACAUGCUACGAUUCGAUCUCGUCUCUUCUUGGUGGCGAGGCAACUCCAGGAAGGGGCAAGGGUUGUAUACGGGAACAUCUCGCUCAUCGUAUUACUAGCGAUAUCAUUUUUGGGCGAACUCUGUGACGAUUCACUUGCUAUGGUUCUGUUGCUUUAUAUCUCGAAAAGGUAUAGCUGGGAAUUCUCUCAGGCCAAUUUCCUGUGGGCUCUAGGGGAGGGUGUGCAGUUUGUGUUUCUGAUCAUCCUGCUUCCACAAAUCAGCAGGAUGCUCUUAGAUCGAUUUAAGAUGAAUGCAUAUGCAGCGAAUUUUACAAUAUCCAUUGCCAGCGCAAUUAUUCUUAGUUUGGGCAGUUUACUACUUGGACUCGGCGGUUCUAUCCCUGUCGCCAUCACAGGUAUGCCUACCUUCCAAUCCAUAACUCUGAACCAUCACUAA